AUGGCAUCCGCAUCUUUCAAGGGCACCCGCAAGACGUACAGCUUCGAGGAGAGGAAAAUUCUGAUAUCGUUAAUAAAUAAGCACGAGAUCAUCGAGAACAGGAAGUCGGAUCCGAUCUCCAUAUGUAAGCGGAAGUCUGCGUGGUCGCAAAUCGCCGAGGAAUAUAACUGGAUAAUCGGGCCGCAGGGUGCGCGUUCUGCGGUACAGCUCAGACGUUGCUGGGAGAACAUGAAGGCCUGCAAGCGUAAUCGCGAGGAGAAAAAAUCCCGUGAUGGUACAAAAGCAGUUUAUCAAUCGACGAAAGAUGAGAGACGGGCAAAGAACCAAUGCUGGGAGAGUGUAACUUGCGGGCAGAAUACAUCGGAAGUCCCAACGUCCGGAACUGUCGGAUUACCACCGAAUGUAGUAUUCGAGCCGAAAGAUUCAGAGCCGUUUACGUUGCAAAGCGUUUGCACUGCCAGACCUCAAAAUUUGAGCUGCUCGCAAAACGACGCGGAUAUUUGCAGAGACUUAGUUGGCGACGCAUUCAAGCAAAUUAUUGCCAAUGGGAAUAAAUGCGAUGCCAAUGCAUCGCUCCACGAUCCGAUGGGUGAUUAUUAUGAAAAAUUUGUGAAAAGAAAUGCGGAUUCGCCUGUAGUCGAUCAAUUGGCAGAGGAUAAUGUUGAUAAAAGUCAUGAAAAUUCACGGCCGAUUGCUUCGCAAACUUUAGUCUCACCCUCCAUUAUGCAGGAACAGAAUCGAAAGAGAAAGUCAGCGCAACGAGAAGAAGAAUUGCACAUGCUUGCGCUCUCAGAGGCACAGAUGAAGGUUGAUAUUGCUGCUAUGUUGAAGGAAGAGGCGAAAAACAAGCUGGAGGAGGCACAUUAUCGCAAGGAAGAGGCUAGACUUAGAAUGUUACUUUUAACUUACAAACUGGACAGAAAAGAAGAGGAUUGA